CACAUAGUUUUCAUCGGGCCCGGGCUUUCUCAAUUGGGUUACGCAAAUCCCCUUACAACUUUUGACACCCAAGUGUAAUAAUUCUCUCUUUUUUGUCUUCAUCUUCUUCCCUGAAGUUUCCAACGAUUUCUAACUACCUAUCCCCAUGUUUUCUCUCUCCUCCUCCAUCACAACCCAGUACCGAAUUCCCUGAUUUAAUUCGUGCUUUCAGGCAAGCUCCAUCAAUUUAUUCUUAUUCCCUGUUUUAAUCUAGAGGAAAUAUUAUCCCAGGGAUUAAAUGGAAGAUAAUCCAAAAUUUCGACCAUGGGACGAACUAAUGCCAGAUACACUAGGUUUGAUAUUUCAAAGGCUUCCCCUUGAUGAGAUAUUGAAUGUUGUACCAAGUGUUUGCAAAUCAUGGGCAAAGGCCGUACGAGGCCCUUAUUGUUGGCAGGAGAUCGAUAUCGAGGACUGGAGUCGAUAUCGUAGGCCUGAGAGCCUUGAUCGGAUGCUUUUAUUGCUGAUAGGAAGGAGUUGUGGCUCGCUGCGAAAGCUGUGUGUUUAUGGCUUAGCAUCUGAAAUGUGCUUAUCCUUAAUAGCUGACAAUGCCAAAUCCCUUCAAAAGCUACGGCUCCCAGGAAGUGAAAUAAGUACCUCGAUGGUGGAACAAGUUGCUGCGAAGCUUUCUAACCUCACUUCCCUAGACUUGAGCUACUGCACCAAAAUUGGAGCUCCAGCUAUAGAGGAAUUGGGAAAGCACUGUAAACUACUCACAAGUUUGCAGAGAAACAUGCAUCCAUGGGAUGUAUCCGAAAGGAUGUCCCAAGAUGAUGAAGUAUAUGCUAUAUCUGCUACAAUGCCACAGCUUAAACACCUUGAGUUAGCCUACCUGAAUAUUACAACAGACGGGGCAGUUCAGAUCCUUAAAAGCUGUCGUGAGCUUGAAUUGAUGGAUAUCAGAGGUUGUUGGAAUGUGAAACUCGAUGAGAAGAUCAUUAAAGAUCGGUCGAAGUUGGAGGUUGUGGGACCACUUGUGGUGGAUGGGUGCAAACCAUGCAGUAAGGUAAAUGAAGGCAUGGAUUUCUACCCUGGUUCUUCUAGUUUCUGGGCAUGGGGUUUUGGGGAGAUGGAUGAGUAUGAUGAUGAUGAUGAUCUUGAACAUGAUGAUGAUGCUAAUGGUAUGUCUUUUGAUCUUUGGGACAAUGUAAAUGAGAUGGAGGACUUAGGGUUGGUGGCUUAUGAUGAUGUGUAUGGCUAUUACUGAAUAUACCCUUAUGCAGAUGUUUCAUUUUUCACGCGAAGCUUAAAGGCUCGGUGACCAUUUGGCUCAAGGACUGAUGUAGAUUUUCCUAUAAGUACGUACUGAUUCCUACUUUGCUACAUCUACUUGAGAUGUAUGUUUAAGUUGAUUAAUUAGUUGGAAGUAUAUUUUACCAGAUAGCUAGUUUGUAUAUUUGUUCUAGAAAUCCUAUUAGGUGUUCAGAAUACUGAACUCUAGGCGUCUAGGCGUCUAGGCGUCUAGCUCUAGCUCUAGCUAAAGCUUGUUUAUGAAUGUAAUGUAAGCUCCUGAAAAGGCCUGUUGGGAUGUUGCGCAAUGUUUCUUUUGAUGGAUGUAAAUUUUGUUGGUCAGAUUUUCAUCAAAUUUCGAAGAAUAUGAGGCUUCUAGUUUACUCA